AUGGACAAAGAAGACCAGAAGGCGCAGGAUGCUCGGGUGAGAAGACUUUGGCAGGUUUUGGAUACCAGACAAGAAGGGCAAUUGAACUUGAAUGGACUUAAGAGCGGUCUAAACAGACUAGACCACCCACUGAAAUGUGCCGACUCCUUGCUCCAAGAUAUCUUGAAAGCCGUCGAUGUCAAUGGCGACGGCCACAUCGAAUAUGAAGAAUUCCGGCAGUUCGUUCAACACACGGAGAAGGAAUUAUGGCAGCUUUUUCAGAAAAUAGACCGUGAUCAUAACGGGCAAUUGGAUAAGACUGAACUCAGAUCAGCUUUCGUUGCAGCUGGUAUCUAUCUGCCCCCGUCGAAACUGGAUCAAUUUUUCGCCGAGGUGGACAGUAAUCACGAUGGAGUUAUCACAUGGGAUGAAUGGCGCAAUUUUCUCCUCUUUAUCCCUGCCGACAUUCCUAGCUUACGCGCCGUUUUGUCUUACUAUUCUUCGACCGUGACAGUGAAUCCGGAAGGAGAUGUGCCGAACGAAUCAAAAGAGGCUUCGUUUCCCUGGGACCCUGGCGAGUACAUCAUAGAAAAUAAAGCCUCUUCUGAAGCUAUAGUCAUUGCAUCGACCCCCGAAAAGGCCGCAUUGCUGACCGAUUUCGCUCCUCAUCCAGGCUACUUUCUCGCCGGAGGGAUCGCAGGCGUAGUUUCUCGGACAGCGACAGCUCCACUCGAUCGACUGAAAGUAUACCUGAUUGCCCAAACUGGCGUGAAGGAAGAAGCGGUGCAAGCAGCGAAAGCAGGUGCACCUGUGAAAGCUGCAAGGAAUGCAGCAGGAUCAUUACUUGAGGCGACAAGAACUCUGUGGCGUCUAGGCGGCGUUCAAAGCCUCUUUGCUGGUAGUCAAGUCCCAUUCUGCAAUGGAUUGAACGUCUUGAAAGUUAUGCCCGAGUCCGCUAUCAAAUUUGGGUCAUACGAGGGUUCAAAACGUGCUUUUGCAAGGCUUGAAGGUCAUGACGACCCUAAAAACUUAGCGCCGUGGUCUCAGUUCUUUGCUGCGGGAAUGGCUGGAAUGAUUUCCCAAUUUGCCAUAUAUCCUCUUGAUACGCUCAAGUUCCGGAUGCAAAACGAGACUGUUAAAGGCGGACCAACGGGUAACGCAUUGAUUUCGAAGACUGCUAAGAAGAUGUGGGCUCAGGGUCCUCGUUCUUUCUACCGUGGCAUCACAAUGGGACUGGUCGGUAUGUUCCCAUAUAGCGCCAUUGACCUCACUACAUUCGAGUACUUGAAGCAAUUUGUCACAGCGCGAAAUGCACGGCGGCUGGGUGUGUCUCAGGAAGACGAAUCGGCUCAACCUGGAAACUUUACCACAGCAGCUAUGGGUGCCUCAUCAGGUGCCUUUGGGGCAAGUGCGGUCUAUCCAUUGAACCUAUUGAGGACGAGGCUGCAGAGCCAGGGUACCGCGAUACAUCCCCCCACUUAUACCGGGAUCUGGGAUGUCACUGUGAAGACUGUCCAAGGGGAGGGUAUGCGAGGCUUGUUCAAAGGCAUCACUCCGAAUUUGUUGAAAGUCGUACCUGCCGUAAGCAUCACUUACGUAGUGUACGACAAUUCGAAGUCUUUGCUAGGAUUGCGGUGA